AUGCCGUACACCGAUACCACGCUGUUUGCAACCAAACCGAAGAUCACACAACGCAUGACCAAAUCCAAUAAGCCGAUCGUUUUGGAUCAAUACGAUCUGAACAUGAUUCGGCACCGUGCUGGCCCACUUUAUCCCACAGAGUCUGUCUCUGGCCGCGAUGACACAAUCUUUAACCGAAAUAACAUUAUCAGGGCGCAGAUAGGAGCUGAGCGCACGAAAACUUGGAAAAAUACGAUCGAGGAUCAGCGCCAGGCGCGUCUGCAAAAGAUGGCCGAUCAAGAAGCGGCAAAGGAGCAAGAGAUCCGUGAGCUGGAACAGGCGUGGCUCGAGCGCGAGAAGAAAAAGGCUGACGCUGUCCAGGAGCAGUACCGGCGUCACAAGGAGCUCGACAAUGACUACAUGCGUAUGUUCCGCAGUGCUAAGAUAACGGCAGAUUGCCUCAAGGACCUUGCAGAGACUAAGCGCAUCAAGGAAGAGCGCCGACAAGCCGAACUUCAGGAGGGGCUGCAGGAAAAGGAGACAGCGUACAGACUCUACAAGGAAGAAGUGGAUGCCAAUGCUGAGAAGGCACUGGCACAGCGGACCGCACGAGAGCGUGUCGAUAGGGUGAACUUGGCCCAGACGCAGAAGGGCCAAUACCAGCGCGAAGAGGAACGCCGUGAACGAGAGAAUGAACUUGUGGAAAUGCGGAGGCUGAAAGCUCUCGACGAGGAACUCCAUAGAAAAGAGUACGAAGACACUCGUAGACGAAAUAUGACAUGCAGAUCUAUCCUUGACAAGCAGGUUGAAGAAAAGAAGAAACAGGACAACAUUCGCGCCCUUGAAGAGAUGGCUACCGACUUAGAGAUCCAGAUGGUUCAACAAAAACUUGACGAACGACACGCCAUCCAUGAGGCCCGGAUGAAGAGCUUGAAAGAGAAGAAGGCUGCUGCCACGGAAAUAGCUCAGCUAGCUGUGGCCAAACAGAUUAAGGCAGAUGAGGAACGGCGCAUUAACUCGAUGCUCAGGUGUGAGGGCCAGGAUAUCACUAACGUACGUGCGGAGGAGGCGCGUCAAGCACGUGCAGCAAAAUACAAGAAACUCGAGGAUGAAGCACGGAAGAUAAACGAGUUUAACGUGGCAGACAAGUUUGCACGUAAGGCCGUCGAAGAGAUGGCCGAUUUAGAGUACAACCAAAAGCAGCAUCUUGAGCAUGUCCGGGAGGCGGAGUAUGAGAAGAUGCUGGCUGAGGAGAAGCGCGCAGAGGCAAAGCGCAUGGCCACGGAAACCCUUGCUGAAAUUGCCAAAUUGAGGUUAGCAAGAGAGAAGGAAAAAGAGUUUGAAAGUUUCUGUGAUAAAUGCGCAGUUCUCAAGGAUCAACGAGAGGCCAGGGAGCUCGUUGAGCGUUGCAGAAAGAUGGCAGAGGCCGAAGAGGACGAGCGUGUCCGGCGAGCGUAUGCGAUAGUUAUCCGUAAUAUUAAUAGGAGAGAUCGGAGCAUUUCCUGGUAA